AUGAUCUUUUUUUCAGGAACUAAGUGGUGUGGCGUGGGUAAUAUAUCUAAAGAUUAUAAUGAUUUAGGAGUAUUUCGUGAGACUGAUAAAUGUUGUAGAGAACACGAUUAUUGUCCAGACUAUAUUUCUCCAUAUCAAUCUAAAUAUGGUUUAGAAAAUAACAGUCCUUUUGUUAGGUUGAAUUGUGAUUGUGAUAAUAAGUUUUAUGAUUGCUUAAAGAAAUCUACAGACCAAGCAGGACGUACUAUUGGUGAUCUUUAUUUUAACUUCAUUCUGUCCAUGUGUUUUAUGAAAUGUACUGAUAGGUAA